AAUUUCUCUUACAAUUUUGAUCUCUUCCACACUAGAAAUCACAGGGCAGCAGAUUGUGUAUGCAACUUUAUAAGCCAUCUGUGUUGUGUCAGAGUAAACAAACAACAAUGAGAAUUACAUUGGUUUCAUUUCUUUCAUUUAUUCUAUGUUAUUACUGCAUAUAUAUCAGUAUUCAAAUCUCGGUUGCCUCUGCCAAAUGUCUUGUUGAUCAACAAUCAUUGCUGCUCCAAUUAAAAAACAAUCUCACUUUCAAGCCUCAAAGUUCCACCAAACUGAAACAGUGGAAUCAAAGCACUGCUUGCUGCAGUUGGAGUGGUGUAACCUGUGACAAAGAGGGACAUGUUAUUGGUCUUGACCUCAGCAAAGAAUCAAUUACCGGUGGAUUUGACAAUUCAAGUAGUCUUUUCAGUCUCAGACAUCUUCAGAAACUCAAUUUGGCUGCUAACAAUUUCAAUUCUUCAAUUCCAUCAGUAUUCAGCAAGUUGGAGAAUUUAACUUAUUUGAAUUUGUCAGAUGCUAGAUUUGUGGGGCAGAUUCCAAUAGAGAUUUCUCAACUCAAAAGGUUAGUAACUCUUGAUAUCUCUAUUCAUUACUAUUCGCCUGGACGAGAGCCAAAACUUGAGAAUCCAAACCUACAAAGCCUUGUCCAAAAUCUCAUCAGUAUUAGGCAGUUGUAUCUGGAUGGUGUAAAUAUAACAGCCCAAGGGCAUGAAUGGAGCAAUGCUUUGUUGUUUCUACCUGACCUGCAAGAGUUGAGCAUGUCUAACUGCUAUCUAUCAGGACCACUUGAUUCAUCUCUGUCAAGACUUGCAAAUCUAUCAAUCAUUAUUCUUGAUGGUAACAAUUUUUCAUCGCCAGUGCCAGAAACAUUUGCCAAUUUUAAAAACCUUACCACCUUGGGUCUACAAUCUUGCACGUUAACGGGAAAAUUUCCUCAGAAAAUCUUCCAUAUUAGAAAGUUGUCUGUUAUCAACUUAUCAUACAAUGCCAAUCUCCAUGGUUUUUUUCCAAACUUCCCUCUAGGUGGAUCUCUCUUGAGCAUUAUAGUGACUGGCACAAGCUUCUCUGGAGAAUUACCUCGCUCUAUUGGCAACUUGAGGCACUUAUCUGAAUUAGACCUUUCUAACUGUCAAUUUAAUGGUACACUUCCCAAUUCAUUGUCAAACCUUACCCAACUCAGCCACCUAGAUAUUUCAUUUAACAACUUCACUGGUCUUAUGCCAUCGUUUGGCAUGGCCAAGAAACUCACCCACCUACACCUUUCUCAAAAUGGUUUAAGUGGUGCAAUUCCAUCCUCUUCUCACUUUGAAGGACUCCAAAAUCUUGUUAGCAUUGACUUGAAUAAUAAUUCUAUCAGUGGUAGCAUUCCUUCAUCCCUUUUUACCCUCCCAUCACUGCAGGAGAUUCAACUUUCGUUCAACCGGUUUAGCAAAAUAGACGAGCUUAGUACAAAUGUGUCUUACUCUGUGUUGAAUACCAUUGAUUUAAGCAACAAUUAUCUAUCAGGAACUUUACCGACGUCUUUCUUCCAGCUCAGUUCAGUCUCGGUCCUCGAUCUUUCAAAUAACAAGUUUGAUGGGUCAUUGCAGCUAGAUAAGCUUCUCGAGCUCAUAAGUUUAACUACACUAGACCUUUCAUACAACAACUUAUCAUUCAAUAGUACUAAAUUUACAACAUACGUCCCUUCUUCCUUUCCAAUCAUUAGCUCUCUAAAGUUGGCAUCGUGCAAUUUGAACACUUUCCCUGGUUUCUUGAGAAACAAAUCCACAUUGACCAUUCUAGAUCUUUCACACAACAAAAUUCAAGGAAUAGUUCCCAACUGGAUUUGGAAACUACAAAAUCUUGGAAGCCUUAAUAUCUCACACAAUUUUCUCACUAAUUUAGAAGGACCUUUGCAAAAUGUUACGUCCAACUUGAUAAUUCUUGAUAUGCAUAACAACCAAUUGGUAGGAUCAAUACCUGUUUUUUCUAAAUAUGCAGCCUAUUUGGAUUACUCGAUGAACAAAUUUAGUUCUGUUAUCCCACAAGAUAUCGGUAAUUAUCUGUCUAUCACAUAUUUUCUAUCAGUUUCAAAUAAUACUAUACAUGGCAGCAUCCCUAAAUCCCUCUGCAAUGCUUCAAAUCUUCAAGUGCUUGAUCUUUCCAACAACAAUAUAUCUGGAGAAAUUCCCUCUUGUUUAAUAACAAUGACUAAUAUCCUUCAUGUAUUGAAUAUGAGGAAGAACAAUAUCAUAGGCUCAAUCCCAGAUUUGUUUCCAGCUUCUUGUGCUUUAACGACUUUGAGCCUACAAGAAAAUCUCUUACACGGGCAAAUUCCCAAGUCACUGGUCCACUGCUCCACAUUAAAGGUAUUCGACAUUGGAACAAAUGAGAUUCAUGGCGGCUUUCCUUGCUUUCUGAAUAAUAUACCUGCACUUCGUGUCCUUAUUUUGCGAAACAACAACUUUCGAGGUUCCAUAGGAUGUUCACAAGCAAAUAAGCCGUGGAAAAUGAUUCAGAUUGUGGACAUCGCUUUCAACAAUUUCAGUGGAAAAAUACCGAAAUUAUUUUUCACAUCCUGGGAUAAAAUGAUGCAUGAUGAUGAAGAUCACACUAUAUCACACUUUAUCUACACCAAGGAUUCUGUAUAUUAUCAGGAUAAUGUGAUAGUUUCCAAUAAAGGUCAGCAGAUGGAGUUGGUUAAAAUUCUGACAAUCUUCACAUCCAUUGAUUUUUCAUCCAAUCAUUUUGAAGGACCAAUACCAAAGGUGCUGAUGGAUUUCAAAGAACUUCAUGUUCUCAACUUUUCAAAUAAUGGUCUCUCAGGUGAAAUCCCAUCCUCUAUAGGGAACUUGAAACAAUUAGAGUCCUUGGACCUCUCAAAUAACUCUUUGGCUGGCGAAAUUCCUGUGCAACUUGCAAGCUUGUCCUUCCUUUCUUACUUGAACCUCUCCUUCAAUCAUUUGGCAGGGAAGAUCCCAACAGGUACUCAACUUCAGUCAUUUCAACCGUCUUCUUUUGAAGGAAACUAUGGACUCUAUGGACCUCCAUUGAUUAAAAAAUCAGAUGAUAAAGAGAAGGGAUUGCAUUCACAACCAACAUGUAGAGGGAUAUCUUGUUCAAUUGAUUGGAGUUUUUUAAGUAUGGAAAUUGGUUCUGUUUUUGGGCUUGGAAUUUUCAUUGGUCCCCUCAUGUUUUGGAAGCAAUGGAGGGUAAGUUAUUGGAAACUCCUGGACAAAAUUCUUUGCUGGAUUUUUCCAUGGUUGCAUCUUGAAUAUGCAACUCAUAGAGGACAAAAAUACACAGUUUUAAGGUGGCAUUAGUGACUAAUGAGUGUGCUAUAUUAGCAAAAUAGUGUUUUCUAUUUUAAAUUAAGUUAUUCUUUAUGUAUACUUCUUUGUGACGCUCUAUGUAUUGGAACUGUGAAGAGGCACUCUAUUAAGUCUAAAUAAAAUAGUGUCUGUCACAUAGAGUUGUGGUGAUAGUGUUUCAAUGUA